GAGCAGCUGGGUGGCUAUUUAUAAAGGCGGGUGAGAUCAGUGGCCGCGACUAUAAAUGCUUGGGCCGCAGCCGGGUCCCACAGGAACAACCGCCCCAGGGCUCCAGAGCUGCAGGUCUGGCCGGGAUGAGCGCCAGCACCGGUGCUGGUGGUGGGGACAGCGGCGGCAGCAGCAGCAGCUCCCAGACCUCCUGUGGGCCCGAGUCAUCAGGCUCUGAGCUGGCACUGGCAGCACCGGUGCCGCGGCUGCUGCAGGGGCUUCUGGGCUCCGACGAUGAAGAGCAGGAGGACCCCAAGGACUACUGCAAGGGUGGCUACUACCCGGUGAAGAUUGGCGAUUUGUUCAAUGGGCGGUACCACGUGGUCCGCAAGCUGGGCUGGGGCCAUUUCUCAACCGUCUGGCUUUGCUGGGACAUCCAGCGCAAACGUUUUGUGGCCCUGAAAGUGGUGAAGAGCGCGGGCCAUUACACGGAGACAGCUGUGGAUGAGAUCAAGCUCCUGAAAUGUGUGCGGGACAGUGACCCCAGUGACCCCAAGAGAGAGACCAUCGUCCAGCUUAUUGAUGACUUCAGGAUCUCUGGGGUUAACGGCGUGCAUGUGUGCAUGGUGCUGGAGGUCCUGGGCCACCAGCUCCUCAAGUGGAUCAUCAAAUCCAACUACCAAGGCCUGCCAGUGGCCUGCGUGAAGAGCAUCGUGAGGCAGGUGCUGCACGGCCUGGAUUACCUGCACACCAAGUGCAAAGUCAUCCACACGGACAUCAAGCCCGAGAACAUCCUACUGUGUGUGGGGGAUGCCUACAUCCGGCGACUGGCCGCAGAGGCCACUGAGUGGCAGCACUCUGGAGGCCCGCCCCCCUCCCGCUCCACAGUCAGCACUGCCCCCCAGGAGGCCUUGAUUGGGAAGCUGUCUAAGAACAAGAGAAAGAAGUUGCGACGCAAGCGGCAGCAGCAGAGAAGGCUGCUGGAGGAGCGGCUGCGGGACCUACAGAGGCUGGAGGCCAUGGAGGCUGCAGCCCAGGCAGAGGAUGCCAACUUGAGCUUAGAAGGGGGCAGUGGCUCCACCUCAUCUUCCGGCUGCCACCCUGGGGGCCCCGGUACAGGCCCCUCCCCUGCGUCAUCUUCACCAGGCCCAGGUGGGGGCCGCAGUCUCAGCCCCAGUUCACAGACAUCGGGCUUCUCAGGCUCACUCUUCUCCGCUACCUCCUGUUCCAUCCUCUCGGGCUCAUCCAACCAGCGAGAGACAGGUGGCCUCCUGUCACCCAGCAUGCCAUUCGGUGCCUCAAGCCUCCUGGUGAAUCCCCUGGAGCCCCAGAAUGCAGACAAGAUCAAGAUCAAGAUCGCCGAUCUGGGCAACGCCUGCUGGGUGCACAAGCACUUCACGGAUGACAUCCAGACACGCCAAUACCGGGCUGUGGAAGUCUUGAUCGGCGCUGAGUACGGCCCCCCAGCCGACAUCUGGAGCACGGCAUGCAUGGCCUUUGAGCUGGCCACUGGCGACUACUUGUUCGAGCCCCACUCUGGGGAAGACUACAGCAGGGAUGAGGACCACAUUGCCCACAUCGUGGAGCUCCUGGGGGACAUCCCCCCCGUGUUUGCCCUCUCUGGCCGCUAUUCCCGGGAGUUCUUCAAUCGCAGAGGUGAGCUCCGGCACAUCCACAACCUCAAACACUGGGGGCUGUAUGAGGUGCUCAUGGAGAAAUACGAGUGGCCCCUGGAGCAGGCCACACAGUUCAGCGCCUUCCUGUUGCCCAUGAUGGAGUACAUCCCAGAGAAGCGGGCCAGCGCCGCCGACUGCUUGCAGCACCCCUGGCUCAACCCCUAGCUGCCCCCCUCGACUCUGACUCCAGUGCCUUUAGGGAAGCAGGGCAUCUCCCACGCCCCCACGACAGCAUCCUUUUCCCACCCCUGCUAGGCGCCACCCCCACCCCCACCCCCAGGCCAACAGCAUGGUUCUUUUAAUAAAGUGAGGCCGGCA